UGUUGUAAAGUUUGCUGUCCUGCUUUGCUGCACGUCGUGGGGACUGAAUCGUUGAUUUCAUUGAGCUUCAUCUGCUAUUUGUUCCUUAUUAAUUGUUGAUUUAUAACUGUUUUUUGGUUUUUACCGUCACUAAACAUUGCAUUGAGGAUAUAAUUACGACCAGAAUAAUGUUUAAAAAAUUUGAUGAAAAAGAAAAUGUCUCCAACUGUAUCCAGUUAAAGACGUCUGUAAUCAAAGGCAUUAAGGGUCAGCUUUUUGAACAGUUCCCGGAGAUUGAGACAUGGCUCAAUCAGAUCAUGCCCAAAAAGGAUCCGGUCAAAAUUGUCAGAUGUCAUGAACACAUUGAAAUUCUGACAGUAAACGGUGAACUGCUCUUCUUCAGGCAGAGAGAAGGACCUUUCUACCCAACCCUGCGACUUCUGCACAAAUAUCCUUUUAUUCUUCCACACCAACAAAUUGACAAAGGAGCUAUUAAAUUUGUUCUUAGCGGAGCGAACAUAAUGUGCCCCGGGCUGACGUCACCAGGAGCGAAACUCAACCCUGCCAAAGUGGGCACAGUAGUCGCAAUAAUGGCAGAGGGCAAGCAGCAUGCACUCUCCGUGGGAGUCAUGAAGAUGUCAGCAGAGGACAUAGGAAAGGUCAACAAAGGCAUUGGGAUCGAGAACGUUCAUUAUCUCAAUGACGGACUGUGGCACAUGAAGACAUAUAAGUAAAAGCACCAUAAAACAUCUAUAGUGUACGUUAUUAACAUCUCUGAACUGCCAGACACCACUCUCUGCCUGUCUGCUGUACAUCAACGGCAAACCAUGCUACAGAUUAUAAACCCGAUGCACUAAUAAAACCUGCAUUCAAGCCAA